GGUAACUCGUAACUGACAGUGUUUCAAGGUUGGGCUUGUCACUGGUUCAUCUCUUUAUUGGUUUGUACGACGAUUAGUUUUUAUUUCAAAUCACGAAGCCUUUGAAUUUUGAUUAUCGAGACGAAUAAGACGUUUCCAGAAUUAUCCCUUUUGUUUUUCUGUUUGGUUGAUGGGAAUUGUUUUCCGGGAUCGUACCUGGCCAUGGGAAAGUCAUCUUUCAAAGAUUCUCUCAAAGCGCUCGAAGCUGAUAUUCAGCACGCCAACACUCUGGCUUUGGAUUAUCCGAGGGAGACGGAUGGAGCCCGUCUUCAGAUGAGACUAUCCUACAGUCCAGCAGCUCAAUUUUUUCUGUUUCUUGUUCAGUGGACUGACUGUCACCUAGCUGGCGCCCUUGGUUUACUUAGAAUUCUUAUUUAUAUGACUUAUGCUGAUGGCAAGACCACCAUGUCUGUUCAAGAAAGGAAAGCGAGUAUCAGAGAAUUUUAUGGGGUGAUAUUUCCUUCUUUGUUGCAACUUCAAAAGGGCAUCACAGAUUUGGAAGAUCGGAAACAAAAAGAUUUAUGUAAUCUCAAGUACAGAAGGAAGGACGAAUUGGAAAGGGGGAAGUGCUCUGAAAUUGACAUGGAAAGGGAAGUGGAAUGUGGGAUAUGUAUGGAAAUGAACAACAAGGUUGUAUUGCCUAAUUGCAGCCAUUCUUUAUGUUUGAAAUGUUAUCGGGAUUGGCGAGGACGGUCCCAGUCAUGUCCCUUUUGUCGGGAUAGUCUCAGAAGGGUCAACUCAGGCGACCUCUGGAUAUACACCGAUAAGUGUGAAAUUGUUGAUCUAUCUGCGAUUUUAAGAGAGAACUGUAAAAGGCUGUUCAUGUACAUUGAUAAAUUGCCACUAAUUAUUCCAGAUCACGUCUUUGUUCCCCAUGAUUGUCACGUUAGGUGAUGGCUUUUAUGUACAGGCUUUGAAACUCACUGUAUAUGAUGUAAUAAAAAACAUAAUUCUAUA